AUGGUUCGCGUACUGUCCUUAAUCUGCGCUGCUGUCACUCUCCUUUCGUCUACUGUUGUUGCCAAAAAGGCUGAUGUAGUUACGCAAUAUACAGUCAGCUGUAAAAAGACUUAUAUCGUAAAGAAUGGUGAUACUUGUAGUAAAAUCGAUAAAGCAUUUGGUGUCUCAUUCAAUCAAUUGAGAAGAUGGAAUCCUUCAAUCAAUUCCCGUUGUACCAAUCUCUACAUCGAUCAAAUCCUUUGUCUUAGUGCUCCUACCACGCAUACCUCUCAAGUCACUGUUGGCACUCCUACGCCUACAAAGACAAAGACUACUACAUCCAAGACGACAACCACUGUUUUGACCAUGACAAACGCUGGUCCUGAAUGUAGAACAGAUGAUGACUGUGCUGGUGUUCGCUGCUGUAACCUCUUUACGAACAAGUGUGUCCUUGAUCCUGAUGGUACCAUCUGUGAUAUUCAACCUACAACAACCAUCGUCAAGACAACUGUCUCUGGCACUAAGACCAUCACCACCAAGGUCACGACCAAGAACACGACACCUUCUACACCUACAGCCACAGCUACGCCUGGCCUCAGCGGCUUAACUGUUCAAAUCUCUAGCUCCUCUGAUUUCUGUCUCUUCUUACCUCCUUCUCCUGGUAACAAAGAUGCCAACGGUGGUAAGGUAGAUAAUGAUGCUAUCGCUGACUCUGAAAAGAAUGCAGUUGCCUUUUGUACCAAGCCUAAUGUCAACGCUCCUGGUGCUGGUAUCUUCCCUUCAGGAUUUAUCAAAUCUGCUAAAUACCAAACAAACUCUGCUGCUGGUUUUGUUCAGGUUCGCGGUACGCUCAAUAUCGCUGCUUACCAGCUGAGCAGCAAGGACGAUGGUGGACAGUACGAUAACCAUGGAAGCGGCUCUCCUCCACAUUCUGCCUGUGCUGGUUAUCCUUACUAUGUCAGUUUGAUCGAACCAAGCUCUGCUGAUUUUUGUAUCAGAUGUUGUGAGAAAUACUCUGACUGUAAUGCUGGCAGAAGCGCCUAUGGUUGUGAUCGUGUUGUUCCUGCUCUUUAA